AUGAAGACGAAAGAGCGUCUACGGUCCAAGGUUUGGUGGCCAGGCAUGGAUAGCGAGGCCGAGAAGCUCUGCAAGUCGUGUCAUGCCUGCCAAGUGGUUGCAGCGCCAGCCAAUGCACCGCCAGUCAAGUCCACUCCUCUUCCAGAUGCGCCAUGGCAGCAUUUGGCUGUUGACUUGCUGGUUCCACUACCGUCUGGAGAGCACAUUGUGGUGCUUGUGGAUUACUACAGUCGAUAUUUCGAAGUAGAUGUGUUCAAGUCAAUCUCAGCUGAAGCUGUGAUUCCGAUGAUCGAAGCCCAGUUCAGCCGACACGGUAUCCCGACGAGUUUGCGUACGGAUAAUUGCCCACCUUUCAACUCGGAAGGGUUUGCGAAGUUUCUACAUGAGUGUGGUGUUCAACAGCUUCGUACUACACCACUGUGGCCGAGAGCUAACGGUGAAGUUGAGCGACAAAAUCGAUCCCUGAUGAAAGUGAUUCGUGCUGCAUAUGCGGAAGGAAAGACGUGGAAGCGGGAGGUUCAACGAUUUUUGAUGGCAUACCGCUCAAUGCCACAUACAACCACUGGAGUUGCUCCAGAUGAUUUAUUGCUUGGGCGCAAAGUGCACUGCAAGUUACCAGCCCUCCGUGAACCAGCGACAAACGAGGCCGUCAGAGAUCGUGACAGCGAGCGUACGCAGAGUAUGCGUGACUCUGCAAAUGACGCCAACCAUGCCACAAGCCAGUCAACGCAGAUAGGUGACUCAGUACUGCUAAAGCGUUCGGAGACAUGGUCGAAGGUCGACACACCAUUCCAUCACCAACCUCAUGUGGUGGUUAGUCGGAAUGGGGACCAAGUAGUGGUUCAGGCACCGGAUGGGAAGCUUGUGCGGAGGAGCGUACAGUUCACCAAACCAUUCCGGCAGCAGCAUCCAGCUGAACCUAGCCCCGAAGUGCAAGAGGCACCCCAGCAUCGUGCGGAGCCCCGCAGGUCAGACAGGUUAAGCGUGAAAUGCUAA